CCGCGAAGGUUGCAAUGAUGUGGCGCUCUGUGCUUAUGUUUAGCUUAGUUUGUUUCAUGUUCGGUAGUGGCAAUGGUCUUGGCGGAAAACGACUAAUGUGCUACUUUUCAAGUGAUUCCCCAAAAACAAAGGGCUACGGACGGUACACGGCGAACGAGAUCCCAUUGGAGUUGUGCAGUGAUGUGAUCUAUCGUGGCAUUACGUUUCCUGAAUGGCGGAGAGGAUCAUAUUUCUUUGAUAACGCAGAAAUACAACAGCUAGGUGGGUUUAUGUACACCGUCAAAGCGAGAUCGGCAGCAGUGCGUAGUUAUGUUACGGUGCUGGAAAGAGGCAAAGAAGCACUGUCCUACUCGAUCAUGGCUGAAAUACCCGAACGGCGGCGUGCCUUUGUAAAGGCCAUUCUGGAGCUGCUGGAGCAGUACGGGUUGAGUGGAGUCGAGAUUGCUUGGGAGUGGCCCGGAACAAUGGUUAAAUUUGGAGGCAUCACCAGCGAUCGUGAGUCACUGAUAUCGCUGCUGACGGACGUACGAGCGGGUCUGAAGAGUAGGAACAAGGAGCUGCUCUUCUUUGGUGCUGUAUAUCCGAAAGUACUGAGGGAAUCCUACCGCGUCACCAGCAUCUGUCAGCUGGUAGACUACGUGACGCUGUUCACCUUUGAUAUGCGACCCCACACAAACAAUGUGGCCGAUGUGCAUGCCCCGAUGCGCAAUAGGUCUUUUGAGACGGAAUCAAACCGCGCGAGAACGAAUGUGGUUGAUGGUGUCGAGACGUGGAUCGAUUUUGGAUGUCCACCGAAAAAGCUGAUCCUAGGAAUUGGACUGUUUGGGCAGGCGUACACCCUAGCCAAUCCGGCAUCAUACAACGUAGGUGCUCCAACCGUUGGGCCAGGUGCGGAAGGACAAUAUUACUACGAAGGCUACUAUCCUUAUUAUGAGUUAUGUCUACUUAUCCGAAGCGGUUGGAGCUUAUUCUAUGAUCCAAUAGGACAGAUGCCAUUUGCCGUUCGUGGUAAUCAGUGGAUGAGCUACGAAGAUACGACUUCCAUUGGAGUGAAAAUGAACUUCGUGCAGGAAAAGCGACUUGGAGGAGUGAUACUACAGUACGUGGAUUACGAUGACUUCUGGGGCUUCUGUGGCACGAGGAAUUCUCUCACCACCUUCAUCUAUCAACGUUUACAGCAGAUUCCUUCCGACAUUGGAUUUGCGAUCGAGUGGAAUAAGAAGUAAAGCUCGAACUGGUAUAAAAAUAUUCCAGUAAAUUAUGCACAACAAUAAGUCAUUGAAUCUUGUAUACCCAAUAGCGAUAAGAUUGUCU